UGCUAACAGACUAAAAGUUAUGAUGGUUGGUUAUGGCAGUGGCACUGCCGCCGGCGCCGGCACUAUUCGAGAACACGGUGAGUUUGGUAAAAAGAGCUACAAAAUCGUUCACGACGUUACUUCUCUCGCUGAUGCGAUCCGCACACUGGGACAUAACCGCGGCCGUGAGAUCCAUCGAAGCCGCCUCAUCUCCCGGCGCAACCACAUCCACGGCGGACUCGAUCAUCGGAACAAACCACGCAAAGUACGCAUUGGAGUCGUACGUGAACCGGAAAAUGUUCCAAGGGUUCGACCACGAGACAUUCUACAUGGACGGCAGCCUCUCCUCCCUCCUCAACCCGGACCAGUACCGGCGGGAGUGUUUCACUCAGUACCGAGACAUGAAGGCCAUGGAUCCAGCCGAGCUGCUGGGGAUACUCCCGAAUUGCGGCUUCGGGAACUUCUGCUUCAAAAAAUAUCUGGCGAUGAUCCACCCCAAAACGGAGGAGUCUCUGUUCGGAGAUCUGGAGCAGAGGCGGCAGGUUCUGGCGGGCAACCACCCGCGGAGCCAGUUCUACGGGGAGUUUUUGGAGCUUGCGAAGGCGGUUUGGCUGCUGCAUCUAUUGGCGUUUUCUCUGGAACCGCCUCCGCCGAGCCACUUCGAGGCGAGUAAGGGAUCGGAGUUUCAUCCGCAGUUCAUGGAAAGCGUGGUGAAGCAUUCCUCUGGAGGGAGAUUACUAAAUGUGGGGUUAGUUGUUGGGUUUCCGGUGAGUCCUGGGUUUAAGCUUGCAAAUGGGUCUGUUGUGAAGGCUAGAGUUUAUCUGGUUCCCAGGUGAGGCUAAUGAGGAAGAGUUGUUUCUUAAAUGUGUCAAAUGCCCAUAAUUAAUCAGACACAUAACACUGUGAAUCAAUAAUUUCAGUAAUUUGUUACAAUGAUGAUCCCUUUUAUGCAUCCUCUUUCACGUUCUUUCUUA